AUGGGAAAGGCGGGCGAGGUUCGCCGGACGGCAGUGGUGCAGCUUAACCUUGGUUAUCCUGUCUGCUUGCUGUAUCCUGUACUGUAUCUGCUGCUGCUGCUGCUGUAUGCACUCCGUAUGGACAGGGCGGUGGGAGGCGGUAUCAGACCCACCCCCGAUACCGUAUCGAAACAUGUGGGAUUUUUUUGGGCAUGCGGUUUCAUGUUCGGUGUGUACCCCCAAGCCCGUUGGCGCGAGAGGUUCUUGUACGGUAUGGAGUACGCUGUAUUCGGCCAACCGGCGAUCCCUACCGCUGGGAAUUUUCCGGGUUUCUUUACCGCUAGUACGGAGGAAGCCAAACUUGAGCCAACCAGCGCCCUGUUCGGUUGGCGUAUUAUUUUUCCUGGUAAAAGUUUCCGCUGGCUUCGCUGGCUUAAUCUUUUUUCUCUGGUUGAAGAGUUUUUGGCGUUGCAGUGUUGUGGGAAAAUAUGUAGGGAGUACGGAGUACACGGAGCAAGGGUAACUACGGAGUACAGAGCACAGAAGUAUACACAAGACAGAUCUCAGGCCUGA